AUGGCGCAUUGCGGCGCAUUAUUGCGCAUUGGCAUGUGCAUCCGUGAUCUGCAGGAGUGGAACCGUGGGACCGAGCUUCUGAUGGGCUUUACAAAAGAGGAAGCUGUCGGAAAGAAGCUGGUGCAAAAUUUCAUUGCUGACGAGUUCUCUGACUCUGUACAGACCAUGCUCUCCCAGGGCAUGAAUGGUCAGGAGCUCGGGUCUGAGAUCACAAACUAUGAGUUUUCCCUCUGGACGAAGAGUGGGCAGCGAAAGGAUAUUUUGUGGAGCGCUACUGCCCGCCGCGAUCGCCAUGGAAACAUCGUGGGCGUGAUCGGCAUCGGUCAUGACAUUACCGAGCUACGCUCCGAGUCGAAGAUGCUGGCAAACUACGUCCGCAUAUGUGGCGCGGCGGUCUGGUCCCUGAAGGGGAAUGCAAAGACGGGAGUGAUCACCGACAGCAAAACGCGAGAGAUCGAGCAUCUGAUCUCGCAGCAGGCACAAAUGGACAUCUGCGAUCCACGGAUGGUGCUCUGGCGCGCCUCCUUCGUCUCCAUCCUCAAGACCAUGUGCCGGGAAGCCCAGACUCGGCAAAUGGUAUGCGCAGCAGAACUUACUUAG